AUGACGACGCUUAGAAGAAAUAAUCAUGAAUAUCAUGAGGAGGAAGAAUUAAAUUGUGAUGAAAAUAAAAGUAAGGAUAAAUUGUUUCACGAAAUAAAUAAAUUACUAUAUUCUUCAUCGAGUGAAAAAAUGUCUAAAAAAUCGAAACCAAAAAUAGUUGUUAGUAAAGGAGGUUCAAUUAGACAAUCUGAUAAAAUAAAAAAUGAAAAAAAGGAUAAUAAUAGCAGUAUAUCAUCAUCUGAUGAUGGUUAUGAUAAAAAUAUAUCUAGUAAUAAUAUAAGUGAUAAAAAUCAAUCUAGUAAUAAUAUAUGUGAUAAAAAUAUAUAUAGCAAUAAUAUAUAUGAUAAAGAUAUACAUGAAUAUAAUAUAUUAUAUGAUAAUAUAUACACAUAUAAUAGCAACAGUAAUAAAUCAGAAUAUUCACAUAACAAAUCUGAUAUAUAUCAGUUAGAACAAAUAUUAAUGGAAUCAAAUUAUAAUUCUUCAUUAAAAAAUAAUUCAAUUAGUCCAUGUUCACUUUCAUUAACUUCUUUUAGUUCACGAAAUACAAGUAGUAUACUUGAUGAAUAUGAUAACAUUAUAAAAAUAUUUAUUGAAAAUAUUACACUAGAUAAUAUUAUAUAUAAUGAAAAUACUUACAACAAUAUAUUUUGUAUAUCCUAUUUUAUAUAUGAAGACCCUUUAGAAAUAUUUAGUUUUUUUCAAGGUAUUAAUUGGUUACCUGAAUUAAAAAAUAGAUGUACAUCUGUUUCUUAUCUCGAGAAACUGGAUAACAACAGGAUGGAAAAAAACAAUUAUUAUCAACCUGAAACUUAUUCUUAUUAUAUUAAUAUAAAUCAAUAUGUAAAUUUAAAAAAUAGAAAGAAUGAAUAUUUAUACAUAUACGAUGAUGGUAUUAUAUAUGUUUUUGUAUCAAUAGUAGGAGUAAAUAUGAAUAAAUUCCAAAAAUAUUAUUAUGAUAAUUUUGUACAAUGUGAUAAUAAUAUAUAUAAUGAUCAUGAUAAAAAAGAAAAUGAACAUAGUUUAUAUCUUACCAACAAUAAAACAAAUGAUAAUUUAAGUGAUAAAUCACAUGAUAUUUAUUCAAAUGGACAAAAAAAAAAAAAAAAAGAUAAAAAAAAAAAAAAAUUUAUUCAUCAAAGACAUUAUAAAAGCUUUCUUAAUAUAUUAGGUACAUGUAUUAUUCCAAUAAAAGUAAUUGAUACACAUGAUGAAUAUAAGAAUAAAAUAAAUAAUAGUACGAUGUAUAAUAUAUAUCCACAUGAUGCCAUAAGAUCUAUACUGAAUAAUUAUUAUGACUCCUUAAAAAUAAAGAGAAAAAUAAAUAUAUAUGAUUUAAUUAAUAAUUAUAAACAUAUCUUAUCACCUAUAGGAAAAAUUAAUAUCUCCGUAAAAAUAAAAAGUAAAUUAUUAUACAUGUCAAAUGUGCACAAGUAUAACCACUUAAUGGAUAUACAACACGGUGGAGAAGAAAAAUGUCUUAUGAAUAGAACAAAUCAUAUGAAUAAAAUUAUUGAUGAAAUAUUAAAUUAUGUAAAAAUAUAUAAAAAAAGUAAUGAUAAAAAGAAUAAUAAUCAAGAUGAUACACAUAUAAAACAUAUUAAAAAUAAAAUAUUAUCCAAUUUUUUUUUAUUUUAUAAUGAAAAAAGUAAUAUCAAUUUUGAUGAUUAUAUGAUGAAAUCCUUUUCAUAUAUAGAAAGAAAUAUAGAUAAAAUAUUUAAUUGUGAUGAUGAGAAAAAAAUCCUUAAAAAAAUAAAAAAACGUAUUCUUAAUAUAUUACAAUUAUACCAAAGUAAAGAAACAAAAAAUAAUAAACAAUCAAAUAAUAACAAUAAUAAUGAUAACAAUUAUAGUAAUAAUAAUAAUAAUAAUAGCUCUAAUCAUCAUCAUGCUGUUGUUUCCAAAGAAAUCGUAUGUACUCACAUAAUUUUAUUUGUUGACUGUAUAUCAAAUAUUAAAAUACCAUGGAAAUUAUUAUCUCAUUUUAAAAACGAUAAUACAUUUUUUAUUGUAGUGUACUGGAAGGAAGAAGAUGAUGAAGAUGAAGAAAAUAACAUGACAAAUAUAAUAAGUAGACAGAGUAGAGUUAUACAUUUAAAUAAUAGUAAUAGUUAUUAUUAUAAUCAUUGUAAUAGUAUUGAGGUGGAUUAUAAUUCUUGUGUUUUAGAAAAAUACCAAACGAACAAUCAAACAAACCAUAUAAUUACAGAACAAUGUAAUUAUAAUAUAAAUAAUUUAAAAGAAGAAGAAAAAAAUAAGAUGAUAAAAGUGAAAUUAAAUUUUAAUAGUUGUAUUAUUUUGCCAUAUAAUCAUUAUAAUAUAUCCUCUGAUAUCAAUCUUAUACUUUAUCAUAAUAAUUAUCCUUUUCUGGAAUUCAAAAAACCCUUUUGUAUUCUUAAUAAUUAUAAUAUUACAUAUAAUGCACAAGACAAAUUCACUAUGAAUUUAAAAAUUAAUAAAAAUUACUAUCAUUCCAAUAAUAAAAUUAACGUAAAUAAUUUAAAUAUAAAUGAUACAUGUGUACAAUUAUCACUAUGUAAACAUCCUAAACAUAGUACAUUCUUCUCAUCUAUUAAUUAUAAAUCCUAUUAUAAAAAUAAAACCAAGUGUAGUAUACAAGAUACCAAUUAUUAUAAUGCUCAUUAUUCACCCCCUUUAUUUAAUAAAAAUGGACAUAUAUUUAUUUUUUGCGACGAUUAUUACGUAAACCAUGAAAAAUAUAAUAAAAAUGAAAAUAAAAAAUAUUCCUAUUUAUAUCCUAAUGAUGAUAUAAAAAAAAAGAUGAUAUUUAAUAAAGAAUCUUUUUUUUUACCUAUACGUGAAGGGAACACUUAUAAUCAGGAAAGAGAUAAAGUAACAAAUCCUUAUCUGAAACAAAAACAAAAAAUAGAUACAUAUAUGAUAAAAGAUGAAUGUAUAGAAAAACAAGAAGAAGAUCAAAAAAAAAAAAAAAAAAACAUUUCCUUAUCAUGUAUAUUAAAAAAAAAUAUAUUAUAUUCUGUAGUUGCUAAGGGAGACGGAUUAAAAGGUGGAAAGGUAAAUGAAUGGAUAUCUCUUUAUGUUCAUACAAUAAAUAAAGAGGGAGAUAAUAUAUAUUAUGGUAAACAUAUAAAUAUAAGAAUGAAAAUCGAACCUAUUGGAUAUUUAAAAUCAUAUUAUUCGUUCAGUUAUUCCAAUAUAAGCAAAGAAAUAAAAGAUAAUAAUAAUAAUAAUAUUAUGUUAACACAAUCUAAUGAUGCAAAUAUAAUCAAAAAUGAAUAUAAUAAUCUAUCAUUAAUGUCCUCCCCCAUGUGUUUUCAUUCUUUUAAUGAUAUUCAAGAAAUGAUUAAUUAUAAAGUAGAAGAUUUACAGAAUGGUAUAUAUCAAAUUUUAUAUAAAGUUAAUAAAAUUGGAAAGAAAAAAUUAUAUAUAUACUGUGAUGGAAUAAGUCUUAGCAGUUCGCCUUUUGAAAUAAAUAUUUGCCCAUCUUCACCUUGUUCUAAACUAUCAAAGGUUGUAGGAAAAGGAGUAACCAGAUGUAUAUCAAUACCUUAUUUAUAUGAUAUAAAUAAGGAAUCUUUUUUUAUUAACCACUUGGAAAAAAUAGAUCGGAAAUGUAAUGGGAAGAAUGAUGAUUUGGAUAAUAUGAAAAAAAUGUAUAAUUUGAAUGAUAUGAAAGGAACGCAUAAUGUGGAUGAUAUGAAAGGAAUGAAUAAUGCUGAUGAUAUGAAAGGAAUGAAUAAUGUUGAUGAUAUGAAAGGAAAGAAUAACGCUGAUGAUAUGAAAGAAAUGAAUAAUGUUGAUGAUAUGAAAGAAAUGAAUAAUGUUGAUGAUAUGAAAGAAAUGAAUAAUUCUGAUGAUAUGAAAGAAAUGAAUAAUGUUGAUGAUAUGAAAGAAAUGAAUAAUGUUGAUGAUAUGAAAGAAAUGAAUAAUUCGAAUGACAAGGAGAUAUCAAAUAAUAUGUGCGACAAAAAGGAUAGUUCCAGUAAUGGUGGUAAUUCACAUAUUAUAUCUAUUCAAAAAAAUGAAGACUGUCUAAAAAUAAACAACACAAAUAAUAAUAAUAAUAAUAAUAAUAAUAAUGAUAAUGAUAAUAAUGUAGACAUAUGUUUUGGUUAUAACUCUGUUUGUGAUACGUCGGAUAGUAAUAAAAAAAAUACAAAUGUGAAAUACUUAUAUGGUGAGGAAAAUAACUACAUUUUUAAAAGCCCUAAAUAUUAUAACGAAAUUAAUGGAAAUAUUAUAAAAUUAAAUGAAAAGAAUGAAAGAACGUUUGAGGAGUUUUUAAAAAAUAUGGUACAAGUAGUAAAUACAUUUGACAUUAUUUUAUAUGAUAAAAAUGGUGAAAGGAUAUGUAUAGGUAAUGAUAAUAUUAAAGUUAUAGGAAAACGAGGUGCUUAUAUAAAAAAUGUAAUAGAUAAUAAUAAUGGUACUUAUACCGUACAAUAUUGUUGUUGUGUAAAAAAAGAUGAUAUAAAAAAGAUAAGAAAUAUAAAUAAAGAAAAAUUAAUAGAUUUUUAUGAUGAAUUUUUAUUUCAUAAAAAUAAAUAUUAUGAUAAUGUUAUUAUUAAUGAAUUUAAGAAAAGAUUUUUUAAUAUAUUUAUUAAUUGUGAAGUAAAAGUAUAUAUAAAUGAAGAAGAAAUUUAUGGUUCUCCAUUUUUUCCAAUUAUAAUAAAUAUGCACGAGAUUUUAAAUAUAUAUAAUUUAUAUGAUCAAUAUACCUACUCAGGAAUGUUAUUAAAAAAUUUUGAAUAUUUGUUGACUUUUAAUAAUUAUGAAGGAUGUAUAGAGAACUUAUGUGAGUUUUAUGAAACAUUUGUUGAUACACAGGAUGAUUUAAUAGAUAAUAAAAGUGGAAAGAGCAAAACAGAAAGGUUCCUAUCUUUAUUUCAAAUGAAAAAUGAGGAGAAAAUAAAUAUGGAUAAAAAGAAUUACACAAGUUUGUUUUUUAAUAUACCUUUAAAUAUAUAUGAUAUGAAUAGUAAAUAUAUGGAUGAGAUGGAUAGAUACAAGGAAAAUUAUGAAAACGAAGAAGAGACAAAAAAAAACACACAUAGUUUUUGUAAUAAUAAUAAUAAUAAUAUAAUGAUGGGGAAUCCUUCAUGGAAUAAUUAUAAAAUUGAUGAUACAUUACUUAUUCAUAAAGAUAAUCAUAAAAGAUAUGAUAAUGACAAUGAUAAUUAUACAUAUAAUAAUUGUAAGGAUGAUUCUUAUGAUUCUUUGUCAAUUAAUAAUUACAAUCUGAAAAAUGUGAAUUUGUCUUUAAAUGAAUGGCUUUAUAUAUAUAGCUGUAAAGAAAAUGUUACACAAUCAAAUAAAAAAUAUGACAACAGCUUAAUUCUUGCAUAUUCCUUAUGUAAUAUCAUAUUACACCAUUUAAUAUAUUUAAAAAAAUAUAAAUAUUAUAUAAACUGUAAGCAAUAUGAAAAUGAUUUAUUACAAAAUAAUAUUUUAAUUCAAUUCAAAAAAUUAUUGCAAGAAGAAUAUAAUAAAAUGUUCGCAUAUCAAACAAAUAAUAUUAUAACAUAUUGCAAAAAAAUUGGAAAUAUAAAAUUCAAUAAUUUAGAAGAAUUAAUUAAGGUAUAUAAAAAUAUAGCGUUCGAAUUAAGGAAAUUAAAAAAAAAUGAUUUAGCAGAUGAAUUUGAUAAAUGUUGUGAAAAUAUGUGUGAAGAAUUAUAUCUAAAAAAUAUUGAAAGCAAUUUAAAUAGAAAAGAAAAAUUAUUAAAUGAAUAUGAAAAAAUAAUGAAUGAAAAGAUUAAUAAAAUUGAACAUAUAAAAAAUAAUGAGUUAAAAAAGUAUGAAAAUAAUUAUACUAUAGAUAUGAAUAAAAUUAAUAAAUUGUGUAGUGUACCAAAAAAUAAGGAAGUACAAACAUGUGAUCAUUUGUCUUACCAAAAGAAAAAUGGCAAAUUAUCUUCCCUAAUUGAACUAAGAAAUAAAGAAAAACUAAUAAAUAUGAAUGAUAAAAAGGAUGAAAAAAAACAUAAAAGUGAUGAUUCUAUAAAGGAAGUUGUUCAUAAUCUUGACAAAAAUCAAAAAGAACAAAUUUUCCAUAUGGUAAGAGAAUAUUGGAAAAAUUCAUCUACAUAUGAUAUAUUCAGUACAAUUAAAAAUACGUUAAAAAAUUGCCCUCGCUUGAAAAUAUGCUUAGAAGAAACAUUUAACUAUUAUAGUUGUAGUAUAAAAAAUAAUAAUAAAAUGAAAGAUAUACAAAUGAGGAAUAUUCAUGAAAUUAAAAUUGUGGAAAAUUUAGAUAACUUAAAAAAAAUAGAAUUACAAGAAGAUAAUUUCUUAUCCAAUCAUGAUAUAAAUAAUUUCUAUUUAACAUAUAAUGCAUAUAUUUCUCUAAUAUUAGAUAUGAAAUGUAAUUCAUAUUUAAUAAAAGAUGUAGAUAAUGUUUUAUGGUUAUUUGAAAAAUUCUCAAUAGAACAUAAUUCAUUUAAAAAUAUAUAUAGACCAUAUGGAUUAUUAAGAAUAAUGCCAAAAUAUUUAUUCAUACCUUUUAUAAGGGAAUUAGCAUAUUUAAAUCUAUUAUAUGUAAUAUCAGAAUAUGUUAUAAAAAAUCAACAAGAUAUAAAAACUUAUCUAACAAUUAAUCAUCCCUCAAGAUUGUCUUCUUUUCAUCAUUUUAUUACUUAUCAUUUUAUACCCUUUUAUGAACAACUAAGUGAAAAUCAAAAUUUUCAUAAUUUCAAGCAACAGCUUAUAGAAAUUAAUGAGGAUGAUGACAAAACAGAACUGGAUGAUCAUCACAAACAAUUAAAUGAUAAACCAAUUAAUCUAAAAAAUAAAAAUAAUAUAAACAAACAUAUGAAGGAUGUAAUCCCACUCAAUAAUAUUUAUGAUACAAAAAGUAAUAAUAUUUAUAAUAAUAAUAAUAAUCAAUUAAGCCUUUCAGAUAUCGAAAAUUAUUUUAAUAAUGAAUUGCCCUUAAUUGUUAAACAUAAAAAUUUCUCAAAAACAUUUCCUUUAUUAUUUGACUUUUAUUCAAAUAUGUCAAUGAAUAUUAAUGAAAAGAAAAUUAAAAAUGAUAAACCACAAGAUGAAAAAACAAAUACAAAUUUAAUAGAUAAUCAAUAUGAUAAUUCGAAUAAUUCAAAUAAAUAUAUAACCACCACUAUUUUUAUUAAGUUCUUACGAGAAUUUGGUAUCAUUCCACAUUUUUUUAAUAAUGAUAGGUGUUUAUCAUUUUUAAAUACUCUUAUCAAAAAUAACAAACAUAAUAAAUUAUAUUAUGAAGAUUUUUCUAAAGCUAUAAUAUUAUCCAUAUGUGAAUGUGUAAAAAAAAAUAUCCUCACACAAUAUAAUAUGUUAACCAGUAAUAACCAAUUCAAAAAUAAAUUACAAAUUGGAAAAAUCCUAAACCAUAAUUAUAUUUCAUAUGAAGUUAAGGAGCUAAUUUAUCUUUUUGGUUUUUCGGACCUUCACAUAGUCAAGUCCAAAAUAAACAUACAAAAAGAAUAA